AUGAGCGAUUCUGGGGCGAUUGGGGAAUGCUCCAGCGAUGUUGAGAUCCAAUGCGCGGAAUCUCUUCAGAUAUAUGCAGGGCUGCUGACAGUCGCCAUAGCUUUUGGUCUGUUUUUUGGAUUAGUCACAGCAGCUCUUUUGUAUGUGUUUGUUCUGAAGCCAGUUUUAAUAUCUCGCAAGGAGCAUGAUCCCAGAAGAUUGUUUGAGAUGGAUGAGGGAGAUCAAAAAGAGGAUCUGCGUGAUGGAGCCUCCAUGGGACAGAGAGCAGGAAAGAGCAGCGCCCGCACUGACAGAGAGAAAAAACAGAUGGCUACAAACAGCGAUGUGGCUGCAUUUGCCCUCAAAGCGAAAGUGGUAUAUCCCAUUAAUCAAAGAUACAGGCCUUUAGCAGAUGGGGCUUCCAACCCAUCUUUGCACGAACACUCCAAGCUACCAGCGCUGCCUCCCCGAGGUUCAUCCUCCUCCUCCAGUAUGGAGUCCAUGUGCCAGGGGAGAGGGGAGGAUGAUGACGACAAUGAAGAUGAUGACGACGACAGCAGCCAGUUCAUCUCUGCUUCGCCGGCCCCAAAGACCCUGGAGAGUGAAAAGUUCACCAGAGUUCUCCACUAUCCUGAGACACUUUCCUAUCCUGGGCAUGAGGGUAGGGUGAGUCUGUAUUCACUGGCUCUGCAGGAGCUCCAGCAGCAACUCGCUCAAGUCCAGCAAGACAAAUGGGAGGUAGGAGUCCCCCAGUACCACUACGAUACAAUCUUUCUGCAGAGUCUCAAACUUUUAUUAAGUUCUGAAUCCCAGAAGGACAGCGUUAACUCCACUUUUUACAGAGAUGUUCUCCUCACACAAGAGAAGGGUGUGGCAGAGCUGAAGAAGUGUGUGUCCUGUGAUGUGAUUGGCUCUGAGAGAGGUGAGGAGGCGGGCACAGUAUUCUGUACUGUAGAACAGAUGGAAAAAGCAGGCAGAGACAGACUGGAGCACAGCCUGCAGACGGCUUUGAGAUUUGGAAAGCAGGUGGAAUUACUCUGUGAAAACCUCCUCAGCAAAAACAGUGGUUUACCACAGGAAGCAGCACAGAACAUGACUUGCAUGCUCCUAAAUUGUCUGUUAUUAUUGGAAAAACAGCUCAUGGAGUGUGAGUCAUCUAUCAUGAAAUGUGUGAUGGACAGGCUGCAGUGGUGGGAGGAGGUGUCUGGUUGGCUGAGGCUGAAGACUGCUCUUGUCAGUCAGGAGGCGGGGCUUAGAUUAAAGUUGGCUGCAGAGUCGCUGGAGCAGCUGACAGGUGAUGGACAGCUAGGUUUCUCCCACAUGGAAAAGGUUUUGGGAGAACUUCAGAUGACCAUGAGAGAGGAGCUACAGCGCACAAGUGAAGAGCUUAGGAGGCAGACUAAAGAGCUGGUGUGUGAGAGAAGCAGAAAGAUGGAUUUGAAGAAGAGGAAAAUGAUGAAGGCUCAGAGUAGGGAGAGACGUCGUGUGCUGGAGUCAGGACAGCAGGCCAGAGACACACAGGAGUAUGUGAAGACAUGGUUUGAUCUUCAGGUGAAACAGAGGAAACAGAGGACUGAAUUAGAGAUACAGCAGGAUGGUAGAGUCACUGAGGCUCUGUGUGAGCUGUGGAAGCGGUUGCUGUCCUCGUGUUCUGAGCGUUUGGCUGAGAUAUGCAGAGAGACUUUUUUGAGUUCUCUGCCUGAACAAUCACACCUCCCUCUUGAGCAGUGUCAGCAUUUACAGAAAGAGCUGGAUCUCCGGAUGAAUACAGAACUGCUGAAGGAUGACCUAAAGAUGCAACAACAGAUUAACACACUCAGAGAACAACUGGACAAAGACAGACAGGUAUGGACUGAAGAGGAGGCCCUGGCACAAGCCUGCCUGAGUCAUCUUGUCAACCAGCAGCUUAAGAUCGUCAUGGUGAUGGUUGUCAGGCAAAGGGAUGUGCAGGAAAGGACUGCUGACCUGAUAGUGCAGAAACAGCGCCAUCUGUUGUCAGUAGUGCAGAGGCACAUGUUAGCACGGCAUUAUUUCAUCGGGGCUUUGAGAGAGAUGAGAGUGAGCAGACUAAAGUUUCAGCCACUGAGAGACUAUACUGAUCUCACAGUACAAGAAAAUAUACAGGAUCUGUCUGGUAGUGUUGGGAUGGGACCACUUUGCUCUGAGGCUGUUCUGAUUGGCCAGGGUUUGCAGCAGGAGUUCCUAUCAGAGCUUGAGACUGUCUCUGAGCUGCUGCAGGGCCACGCCCAGUUCCUGGUGGGCCACGCCCUGUCCCACAGUGCACGACUUAGGCUGGACUCUUCAAACUCCAAGCAGAGUCAUUCUGGACCUGCUGAGGACAGCAAGGCGGAGUGGAUAGAGGCGCUGUCAGAGAGUGUGUAUGUGACACGUGACUCCAUCACUUCCCUCAUACACACGUACCACUCUCAGAUGCAGUCCAUCUUCACAGCGGCCCAGCAGAACCUGCAGCUUUAUCCACAUUCUCACGCAGAAGAGGAUGAGAGACAGAAAGAGACGGCACUGUUGUCCCAAGCUCUCCAGAAGGAGCUGUCCAACUGGGCCAGAAAGCCACACUCCUCAGAGUUUUACCAGAGAGUUGAACUCCAGAGGAGGAGAAUGCUCUUGCAGUUUGAGGUGAAUGAGGAGAGUAUGCAUCGCAUCCUGCGAAACAGAACGCCAACCCUGGAUCAUGAACAAGAGUACAGACACAAACUCAGAGAGGCAGAGGAGAGUUUCAUGGCUCGAUUAGCAGCUGCUGCAAGAGUUCCAUUGGGCAACAGAGAAUCCCCACACCCUGACAGCCCAACAGGUAUGGACACUGGUCUCCUAUCACUUCUUAGACAAGAUGAUGAGAAUCUGCAACUGAGAUCUGAUUCUUUCAGCCAUGAGCCAAACUGCUCCUCCAUAGCGGUGGACAACAGAAAGAGGUUCCAGAGGAGAAGAGAAGUCAUGAACACCUGAGAAGUUACA